UCAUCCUUGUGUCGUCUACGUGUUUACGACGCAGACCUGUUUCAGUAUGCUAUCAAUCGUGCUCUCGCUACUCCUGCAACCACGACAGAACUCGGAGCACUUGAAGCCGUGGCUAACUAUGUGGCGCACUCGUCGGAGUUUUUGCACACCAGGACGACUUCUUGUGGUUCAAGCCCUAGUGCGUCACAGCCUGAAGUUGGCGGAGAGCCUCAAAAAACGACGGCCACUACCGCUGCCGCUACUUCGAUACAGCAGAUCUUAAAUGAAC